AUGGUGUCCACCCCACUACACCCCAAUGGUCGCCACCCCAAUGGUCGCCACCCCACUACACCCCAAUGGUCCCCACCCCACUACACCCCAAUGGUCCCCACCCCACUACACCCCAAUGGUCCCCACCCCAAUGGUCCCCACCCCACUACACCCCAAUGGUCCCCACCCCACUACACACCAAUGGUCCCCACCCCACUACACCCCAAUGGUCGCCACCCCACUACACCCCAUUCGCCACCCCAAUGGUCGCCACCCCACUACACCCCAAUGGUCCCCACCCCACUACACCCCAAUGGUCCCCACCCCACUACACCCCAAUGGUCCCCACCCCAAUGGUCCCCACCCCACUACACCCCAAUGGUCCCCACCCCACUACACACCAAUGGUCCCCACCCCACUACACACCAAUGGUCCCCACCCCACUACACCCCAAUGGUCCCCACCCCACUACACCCCAAUGGUCGCCACCCCAAUGGUCGCCACCCCACUACACCCCAAUGGUCCCCACCCCACUACACCCCAAUGGUCCCCACCCCACUACACCCCAAUGGUCCCCACCCCAAUGGUCCCCACCCCACUACACCCCAAUGGUCCCCACCCCACACACACCAAUGGUCCCCACCCCACUACACACCAAUGGUCCCCACCCCACUACACCCCAAUGGUCCCCACCCCACUACACCCCAAUGGUCGCCACCCCACUACACCCCAAUGGUCCCCACCCCACUACACCCCAAUGGUCGCCACCCCACUACACCCCAAUGGUCCCCACCCCACUACACCCCAAUGGUCGCCACCCCAAUGGUCGCCACCCCACUACACCCCAAUGGUACCCACCCCACUACACCCCAAUGGUCCCCACCCCACUACACCCCAAUGGUCUCCACCCCACUACACCCCAAUGGUCGCCACCCCACUACACCCCAAUGGUCCCCACACCACUACACCCCAAUGGUCCCCACCCCAAUGGUCCCCACCCCACUACACCCCAAUGGUCCCCACCCCAAUGGUCCCCACCCCACUACAACCCAAUGGUCCCCACCCCACUACACCCCAAUGGUCCCCACCCCACUACACCCCAAUGGUCCCAAUGGUCCCCACCCCACUACACCCCAAUGGUCCCCACCCCACUACACCCCAAUGGUCCCCACCCCAUUACACCCCAAUGGUCCCCACCCCACUACACCCCAAUGGUCCCCACCCCACUACACCCCAAUGGUCCCCACCCCACUACACCCCAAUGGUCGCCACCCCCUACACCCCAAUGGUCCCCACCCCACUACACCCCAAUGGUCCCCACCCCACUACACCCCAACCACCCCACUACACCCCAACACCCCAAUGGUCCCCACCCCACUACACCCCAAUGGUCCCACUACCCCAAUGGUCCCCACCCCACUACACCCCAAUGGUCCCCACCCCAAUGGUCCCCACCCCACUACACCCCAAUGGUCCCCACCCCACUACACCCCAAUGGUCGCCACCCCACUACACCCAAAUGGUCCCCACCCCACUACACCCCAAUGGUCCCCACCCCAAUGGUCCCCACCCCACUACACCCCAAUGGUCCCCACCCCACUGCACACCAAUGGUCCCCACCCCACUACACCCCAAUGGUCCCCACCCCACUACACCCUAAUGGUCCCCACCUAA